CUCCUGGUGUGCUACGGGGCGAGAAGACUAUUCCACCAAACUGACUAUUCCACUAAUGUGGUGGAAACGACGAGGAAGACGGCAGGCUUUGGAGUUUGGACCCGACUCCUUGGACUCCAUUCCCAUGCAUCUUCUGGUCCUUUCCAUCUCCUUCUCUGCUUUCUAAAGCACAGAUAGAAUCAUAGCAUAUUCCAUUCUCGAUCUUGCCCUUAUCAUCAUGUCGCAGAAACCCAUUAACACAGUCACAAUUGCACUAAUGCUUGGUUUCAGUUUCUUCGUAAUCUUCUUCGGUUUCCUCCAGUCUCCCUCUCUAUCACCUUCACGCCAAUCUCUCAACGACCCCAUCACUUCAGAGACCACGGCGUCACCAGAAGCCUUCUCCGAUCUGGCAGGUGCCUUCAGAAAAUGGGAUUCUCAGGUGGGUUGUUCCACGUUCAAGGAGAGAUACGAUGAGACGAAGCCGAAUAAGUCGACGGGUCCUUCUCCUUUGCAAGAGAUUGGAGGUGAUUCCAAAUGUGAGGGCUUGAAAUUGAAUCAUGUCAGCGUUUUGGUGAAAGGCUGGACUUGGAUUCCGGAUAAUUUAGAUAAUUUGUACUCCUGCCGAUGUGGAUUAAGCUGCUUGUGGACUAAAUCGCUGGUUCUUGCGGACAAGCCUGAUGCGUUGUUGUUUGAAACGACUUCGCCUCCGAUUCUGAGGCGUAUGGGGGAACCUCUUCGUGUGUACAUGGAUCUUGAAGCGGGGAGGAAGCGAUCAGGUCAAGAAGAUCUGUAUAUCAGUUAUCAUGCUGAAGAUGAUGUCCAGUCAACCUAUGCGGGUGCUCUGUUUCACAAUGGUCGAAACUACCUCGUUUCACCUUAUAAAAAUGAUGAUGUACUUGUCUAUUGGUCUUCAUCACGAUGCCUUUCUCAAAGGAAUGAACUUGCCAAGAAACUCCUCAGCUUGCUACCUCACCAUUCAUUUGGGAAGUGCCUAAAUAAUGUUGGUGGUCUGGACAUGGCUCUAUCCUUUUACCCCGAGUGUGCGAAUGAUGCCAAUGUUACCCCAAAAUGGUGGGAUCAUUUACACUGUGCCAUGUCUCACUACAAAUUUGUUCUUGCAAUCGAAAACACUUGGACAGAUAGUUAUGUGACGGAGAAGUUAUUUUAUGCCUUAGACUCUGGUGCAGUUCCCAUUUAUUUUGGUGCACCAAAUGUCAUGGAUUUCAUCCCUCCACAUUCAAUAAUAGAUGGUACAAAAUUCAGGUCGUUGGAAGAACUGGCUUCGUAUGUGAAGGCCCUAGCUAACGACCCGGUGGCAUAUGCAGAAUACCAUGCAUGGAGGAGGUGUGGUGUGUUGGGUAACUAUCGAAAAACUCGAGCAUUGAGCCUUGAUACACUACCAUGUCGGUUAUGCGAAGCUGUUAGCAGGAGAGGAGGAAGAAAUUCAAGAGACUAGGCCGAGUUCUUUUUCAGAAAUUGUAGGACUUCAUGUUAGUGAUGCAAUGAAUUCCGGUCGGACAGGCUGUAUAGAGGCUAAUUUGUUAUAGGAUUAGAUCGCAUAGAAGGCUUAGCUCACGUGGUAAAAAAAUCACUCGGCAUUAUUUUUCAUUCAUUCUUUUUUUUUUUUUACUUUUAACCCGCCCUUGUGAAUCCAGGUUACUUUAUAAGUUGUUGAUGAUGUAUCAUUUUCAAAUUGUACAUUUGCAAAACUGGGAAUGUGAGAACUUUUUGCAGUUCAUAGAUGAA